AUGAUCUUCGAGGACAAAGCUAUAACAACAGAGGACACUCUGUUAUCAGCCAUUUCUAUGGCUCGAGAAUGGUUCGAUGCACAACAACUUGCAACUCCAAAAAACAGAGGAAAGAAUCACCAAGCGUUUAACUUAACGAUGGAUGUAACAACUUGUCAAUCAGAUGCCGCUUGGAACUCACAAACCAAAUCAGCUGGGCUAGGUUGGAUAAUCUUCCCACAUGAAACCCGGCCUUUAGAGGCUCUUGCUCUACAAGAUGCUGUCUAG